CUAUACCGAAAUACCCGAAAAUCCGAAAUACCCGACCCGAACCCGAACGGGUACCCGAACGCCCACCCCUAUUGACAUGGGUCAAGACCCAAGAUCAAAGGGGUAAUCUCGUCUUUUUGUGGACAGCGCCAACCGAUAAAACGAACGGAAGGACAAUAUGGCAUACGUACAUACAUUUAUACACAAACACAUAUUCACAACAAAAACUUCAAAGCCCCCAUUAAUCUCUAAAGAUAGCAUAAGCUUUUAAUUUCUAAACAGAGACUGGAAAACCCGGAUUCGGAUCCGAUACCCGAAUAUGCCGAUUGGGUGGGUUAAAUCUUUGCAUUGCAAAUCAAGAGCUUUCGACGACGUCUAUCAUCACUCCAACAACGGCAAACUCUCGUUGCCAAGUUACAGCUGCAGAAAGUCCGUUAAAGACGUCAUCGAUACCCGACCCACCCAACAAGGAUCCGGUGAUAAAAACCUUAAACCCGACGCGAAUUUAAGACGUUUACGGUCCUCUCGUCGACCCGAAUCAGAAUGCAAUUCUUCUUACAACCCGACCCGACGAAGCGUAUCCGCAAGAGCUUCCACGGAGUCCGCUGCAUUGCCCGUUCUGACCGAUCUUCCCGAUGGUCAUCCGUCGAGAAACGUCGUGGAGAUUAUAUUCCAAUCUAGCUGGAGCUCCGAAGAAUUUCCGGGUCGGGUUGAGAUGAUUUUUAAAGUCGAAAACGGGUCGAGGGCUGUGACCCGGUUUGAGGAGUACAGAGAGGCUGUGAAACUGCGAUCGCGCUCCAACUUUGAUUCAGAUGACGGCGCGUGCGAUGAAGACGCGAGGUGUUCGGCGGAUGGGAAUGAGAUGAUGAGGUUUUAUCCGUUAGGUCCGAUUCCGGGAGGGAUUAACGGCGGCGCGUGGGUUUUUCCAGGAGGUAAAGGAGCGGCAGUUUGUACGUUUUCAGGUAGCGGUGAAGCGCAUGAUAGCACAGGUGGUGGAGGAGGGAGGAGAGCGAUGCUGAUUUGUCGAGUAAUAGCGGGUCGGGUUGCGAAGAAAGGCGAGUUCGGGUCGGAUUCAGUUGCGGGUCGAGAUGGUGAGUUGAUUGUUUUCGAUGCACGCGCUGUGUUGCCUUGUUUUCUAAUCUUUUUCAGAUUGUAAAAAAAGGAAUAAUUAUCGAACUUUGAGAAAUAAGUAUAUAUUUUAUAUUUCGUCCUUAUUUCUGAUUAAUAUCCAAAUUUGACGCAAUUCUUCUGAUUUCAUCUUUUUAUGGUCCAAGCUACAAUCUCACGUUUAAGGUUCAGACAGUUUGGCGGGAUUUCUGUGAUUUGGGAAAUUGAACAAUUAUCACUGAUGCAUAUAAAAAAUUUAAUUGCUAAAAGUAUUCUUUAUAAGUGAUGUUGGAGUGGAUGCAUAAUCUUACUUACUGUUUUGAUUUUUGUUUCUUCGUUUAAUAAGUGUUAGUAUUAGUAUCUUGACUAUUUUAUAUUUUGUCUUUCUUCGUUUAAUAUCAGUGGAAUAUGAGCUUCAUACAGUCUAUAAACCAAUCACUAAUAAGUGGUCUAUAGUUCGUUACCCGCAGAUGAGACAACUUACAUGCAAAUUAUAUAAUCUUAUUAAUUGUUAGUGGAAUUUUGUAAAGAAUAUACGUCGUUUUGAUCCUAUUCUGAAGCAUAUUAAUUCAAAAACAUUGCAAAUAUUCGGAUCAUUAGUCAUAUUGCUCAAGUGUACAAAGAGUAUCCUUAUCACAUGUUUAUCAUUAUUUUUAAAAAGCAACUAUGAGAAAUUCGUGAAAAAAUUAAAAAAAAAAACAAUUUGUUUUUAUAAUUCUCAGUUUGGUUUAUAAAUUAAAAUUUAAUUAUAGUCAAGAUACUAAUACUAUAUUUGUGAGAAACUGUAAAGAGUUUCUUAAUCAAUAAUGAUGUUCUGAUAAUUUUAAUUAAAUAUUUCAAAUUUUAAGAGUGCUGCGGUUUAAUCACAUGACCAGUUAGAAUUUUGUUUUCUUCAAUUUGGUAUAAAAUUACAGAUAACAUUUUUUUUGGUAAAAUACAGAAAACAAUUUUAUUAAAGCAAAACGUAUUGCCUUGAACAUCGUCAUUAACAAUUAAUAAUUUACAAUUUAAUCGUUACUUAUAUUUUUAAUCAAUCACCAUCGUUCUGAGUCAGAUAAACAUAGAUUUGAGUUCCAUACAGUGAAUGCACUUCAAUAUUUCUAUCAGAAUUAGUUAUGUAUUAAUUUCACUUAUUUGUUGGUGAGGCUGAUUUAGUUUGACUUAAAAAGGCUGAGCAGAAAAUAUAAUCAUGAAAAUGAAGAUUUGGUGGAAGACUAAUACACAUUAUGAUGAUCUAUAAUUACAAUACUAGUGUAAGUCCUAAUAAUAGUUCUCCACGUUUUAAAAUAUUUUUGAGUCCUAUGUAAUAAUUUUUUUUACCACUACAUUAUAUGUAAUGAAAGUUUAUAAACUGUCCCAGAUAAACUUGAUCUUUAAUUGCAGAAGCAUUCGCUUUCAAGCAAAAUUUUGUUAUUUAAAUUGUAUUUAUCCCUUAUGUGUUUACUUUCUCUUGUUUCAUAUUAAAAUCUAAAACCAGCCAAUAAAUAAAUUAUCUUAAAGAAACUUAUCCUGAACUACCCAAGACAGUAAACAAUACUAUUACAUCAUAUAUACCACGUUCAAUGCUGUUGGUAUAGCUUUACUUCGACGACUCACCAUAGCUCAUGGCUCGACGUCAAAAAAAAAAAAAAAAAAAGCUCAUGGCUCAUGGCUCAUGACACAUAAAUCAUACUCUUAAAAAUAUGAAAUUUUUAGAAUUUUCACACAUAUUUAAAAGAUAUAUUAAGUUUUGAUUAUUAAUGUAUUUUUUUUUUGUAAUUAACUAUUUCCAAAAAAUUUAACCAAUAUAAUUUCAAUAAAAAUAAUCUCUUUUGAAUUUACAAUUUACCAUUAUAUAAUGUAUCGAAAAUGCAAAAAUUAUAUUUUCUUGAAACAAAUAUUUUUUCAAGUGUGAAUCUUUCUAAAACGCGGCUAAGAUGGCCGAUUAAGCGGCGGAGAAGCGUUGUCCGGUGGGUAACCAUUGGUUCUAACCUAUCUGGCCUAAAAUCGAGAAUAUCAACAUAAUCCUUUUUUUUUUGUUUUGGUAGUUUGGAAUCGAGUGUUUGGUUGUAUAUCUAUUAAAAUGGUGUGAAACUGUGUAAGAAUCAAAGAAAAUCAACAAGAAUCAAUGAAGAAAAAGCAAAAAGGAACACGAACUCACAACUCGAAGAAAAAUAUAAUUCGUGAAAGCACAAGGAUACGAAGAAUAUGCGGAUGUUGUUGCAAUUAUUUAAUAUAUAUAUAUAUAUAUGAAAAAAUAAUCCCUGCUUAAUUUCCAACCGAACGAGUUGUGGCUAAUGGCGGAGUCAGAAAUAUUUUUCACUAGGGUCAAUUUAAAAAAAUAAUAUAUAUAUAUAUAUUUAUAUAUAUUUAUAUUAUUGUACAUAUAAUAAAUAUAAAUAAAUUAAAUUUUACUAUUGUAAUUGAUUUAAAACUUUUGUUUAUAUACAAUAAGAUAAAUAUCAUUAUUGUUAUAAAUUUCAUAACUUAUAGCCAUUUUCAGUUAAAUAUAUAAAUAUGUAUAUUAAUACAUAUUUUGUAUAAAAUUUAUGAUUGUCUCAUAUUAUUUUCCCUUUUUGGAAAUACUGAUGAGAAAGCAGUAUAACGUGUAUUAAUUGAAGGAUCAAUUAAUAAUAAAAAGUGUCAGUCAGAAAAUAUUGCUAAAAUAGUAGGGCUUUGCAUGGCAACAAUAAUUAUGUAAAAUAAUAUAUCUAGGAAUAAUUAAAAAAUAAGAUUCCUUUAAAAAGUAUGCAAACUAAGGCAUGACAAAAAGCUAGAAAACGCUGUUUGAUGAGCCUGCGUCCGAUUUGUGAGUUGGUUAGGUAAUGGCUGACCAAGCCUAGUGAUCCCUAGGUUGCAGCACGUCCGGUCGUUAACUCCUCACGCCAUUGCUGCCGUUUCUAGGACCGACCGAUGCCUCACCUGCACUGGUACGGUCGCACAUUCAACAUAGCGUUUGGACUCAUGUGUCUUCCAGAACCAGGGGUUUUCGAGCCUGCUGCAUACGAUUAGCCAGCCUUGCGGCGGCAAAAGGAUUAGACGCCCCCCCCCCCCCCCAUGCAUGGAAGCACCAUUUGUUACUAUUUGACAAUUGAUGAAAGAAACACCAAACUUCUCGUGUCCCAACUGGUACUGGUGCACACCCAUCUGGUUCAGUAGAAUUAUUCCAAGUAUUUCAGCUGGAACAGUUAUGUACGUUUUUGAUUUUUUAUUUACUCAUGAUCUGGCCUGGUCGACCCAAUCUUGAUAUUGAAGGAUGAGAACUUUUCUUGAAAAACUCCUAAAUUGAAGAACCGAACCGGAUCCGAUCCGAAAAGUAGUAUUGAACCCGAACCGAAAUUGAUUAAAUAUCCGAAUGAGUUCAAAAUUUUGGUAUCUAAAGAACCAAAACCGAACUCAAUCCGAAUAGAAGUAUUUUGGGCACCGAAUGUAUCCGAAAUAGAUUAAUAUACUUAUAUAUAUAUAUAUUAAUUAUUUACAUUUAAAAUAUAAAAAUAUCAAAAAUAUAUAAGAUAUUAUAAAAUUUUCCAAAAAUAAUUUCCAAAAUAGCUAAACACCAAAAAUACUUGAAAUGUCUAUUGAUUCUUUAUUCAAAUAUUUAAGUCAAACUUGCGGCUAUCGCAAUCCAAGAUGCAUGGUUAGGGACUGAAAUUAUUCAGAGUCCAAUCUUUGACUUGAACGUUAAAGUGUGCCAUCAACAAAUAACACACUUCAUGUUAAGAUGUUAACUACGCAUAAUGUUAAUGUUACUUAUCCUCAACAUCACGAGUUCUAAACUUGCAAAGGAAUCAAAGAAAGUUACAAAAAAAAUAAAAAUAAAAAAUAACUUGCAAAGGAAUAGAUGGAAACCCUACUCGAACGUCUACUGUACUUGAUUGAUUUAAUUGUUUCAAUUGAAUUCUGAAAAUUAUAUGCCUCAUUUUUGUCUUUCAGUUUAUGUUUGAACUUGCACGAUCCGAAAAUCUUAUUAAGCGUUAAAAAGAAACUGCAUUUUGGUAAGAUAAACGUUGUUGUUAGAUCCAAAUAAUAAUAUAUAUAUAUAGUAGGUAUUUCUCAUCAAACAAUAAGAUUAGAGGGACAACCAAACAGAUAUGAAUAAGAGACAGAAGUAAAGCACAAGUAACAUUUGUUAAGUUUGAGACUUAUAUCUCAAGUUUCAUUAUCUUUUUUGAACCCAUUAAAAACCUCAUAUUUGUCCAAACAUGAACCUAUAAUUUUCUAAUUAUAAUCAUUCAUAUAUAAUAUUUGUUAUUCAAAGUGUCCGUAUGUAUGACAUAAGCGUAAUAUAUUGAAAUUUUGAGUCUUGAACUGUUUGAACUAAGUUCGAUCGAAAUGAGUAAAGAAAAACGGAACUCGUUGGUGAGUUAGUUUUAAAGGUGUUUUAUUAAUCGGUGAAUGAAAAAAGUUAAAAAUAAAGAAAUUUUAAUCAAAAAGUAAGCCGGUGCUCGGGGAGCGAUAGCUAAGAAAGUACCGUUUUUGAGAUUACCGUUUUUGACCCCCCAACAGCCGAGAUACCUCGAGAGGAGGGCGACGGACAGGCUGCGACCGUCGAUGGAAGGGUCGCCAGUGGAGGUGAUCCGGAGAGAUCUCGGGGGGGGGUUCCCUUGGGAGAUCGAAAAGAAGAUGCAGAGAAGGGAUUGCUUCGUCCGAUCUGCUAUUGCUCGGGCGGCGUUUUCGAGGAACUGCCGCCUCUGAGUCCCAAACUAGAGCAUCCUUCUGUCGUUGAACAUCAAUCUUGGAGGAACUAAAUGUCCUCUUGGUCUAAGGUUUAUAGGGUGAAAGAUCUAUUGCGAGAGUGUGCAGCCACGUGGGUAACGUUUAUCGCCCGAGGGAUGGUAAGAGGCCGUGGGCUUCUCCAAUAGGGUAUUAAUGCGUCUAUGAGUCGUAUUUUUGGAAGGAUAUGAGGCUCUGGUUACCCAUCCCUCGUUUGAUAACUUCGUUCUGCUUUCGUCGGGAUUUUCCUAUCAGUCAGUUUGUGAACGGGUCUUUCUGGAUAGCGGUAGCAUUGAUGGUGAUGGCUGCUGAAGCUGAUUUCUCACUAAGUGUUCGAGGAACUUAAUUUGAUGUAGCUUCUGACGAACGAUCUUCUCUUCGUGAAAAUGAGACCCGACAAUAGUAUCAUCGAGGACCAUCUGAACAAGACGGACGACUUGCAUCUCUUUUUCUUCCUCGGAAAUUCUGACGAGUGCGCUUUUGAGGAGCCACCGAAGGGCGAUUCCCAAGUGGUAUGGAAUCCUGCACCCGGUAGACCAGGCUCGAUACGUUCAGCGACUCCGGUUACAGCGGUGAGUUCAUCUCCGUUCCCCAGGUUGCGUGUCAUCCUUGAUUACCGGAACUAUUCGGGGUGGAGGCUGCUACUUGGGCCUCUGAACUUGCGGAUGAGCGGGCCGUGAAAGUUUUCCGGCUCUUCCUCUUCGUCGGAAGAAAUGUCUGGCCCAGCUAUAAUCACCUGGACGCGCCACCGUUUUUUUUGGCUCCUCCUCCUCGUGUGUGUUGUCGUGAUCCCGAGAAAUGGCAUUGUCAUCAGUUGCUUGGGGUUCCUCCAGCGUGGAUUUGUCAAGCUGCUUAUGGGCUUUCUUCUCUUUGUUCUUACUCCAGCUCUUGAUGUUCUUUGGUUUUUUCUUCGGUUGUUCGACUUUCACCGUGCUGGCCUUAUAUCCCGUGAGUAAUGAUUCUAGGAAGUGUUUGCAUUUCAUCGCGUCAUGCCUUUCAUUUGGUGAUAAGUACAUAAUUCAUCUGGCGGGGGGUUUGAGUUUUCUUGUUUGUUGGGUGGUCCCAAUGGUUACAGUCCUUCUUGCGGAAGACUACCGCUGAUUUGGACAACUCUUCUUCAUCUACGAUGUAGAGAAAAAAAUUCUUUCGAUCGGUCUUAUCGUUGCUGGAGUGCUGGCGUGGCUCUUGACGAGUGUCUGUGUUUUUAGAUGCUGCUUGUUUGGAAGCAUUCUGCUUGGUGAGGAUUGCUCGGGUAUCUUCCUCCAUCUUGAUUAAGUUGUGGGAUUGAGUGAUGGCGUCCUGGAGGGAGGAUAAAGGGUUCUUAUACAGGUCGUCUCGAAACUUCGAGUUGACGUACAACGUGUUCCCCAAGGCGUCCACUGCUAUACUGUCAGGGAUUCUUACAGCGGAAAUGACUAUUUAAAUUUCUCCAUGGAAUCGUGCAGGGUUUGGCCGAGGGCCUGAGAUCGUUGCCAAAGAUCGGAAGCGGUCGCGCCUUGCUGGGUAAACAUUAUGUAAUGUUUAAGGAAAGCGGCGGAGAGGUCGCAUAAGCUUUCGACGGAGUUCAGGUUAAAGCUGCUCUAUAGAGGCUCUCGAUAAAUACUGGCAAAAGCCAGCCUCUUUUUCAUUAUCAGCGAAGUUUGCGCGUCCCAUCGCGAUGUUGAUUGUUUUCAUGUGGUCGGUGGGGUCUGUUGCGCCGGAGUAGGACGGGAGGCAAAACUUUUCGACAGAUUCGAGCUGUGCCUCACUGAUUUGCCGAGAGAAUGGAGUUUUGAGCACUGUGGCGAGGACACUGUUGAUCUUCGGGGUGGAGUUCGUAACAUGAUGUAUCUUUGAGUGGAUAUCUUGGAGAGAGAGCUUGAGCUCGGUGAUCUGCUCGGUGAUCUCGUGAAUGAUCGCUAGAUCUGGGUUGUUAGGGUUUUGUACGACACCGCCGAUAGUCUGGUCGGUGUUUCCAACUAUUGGUUCUCCUUCAUGGGCCGUACGGCAGUGUUGAAGAGCCCUCUCCGGAUGGUCGGAGGGUUACUCGUGUGACCGGUAGGAGAAGCGAAGAUAGCGGCGAAGGCGGCGAGCUGUUCGUUCGCCGCCUUCUGUACUUCUUUGUGUUGAAGAGAUAGGCCAUGAAGUCCGUCAUGGUUGGUGCGGCGGGAACGGGAACUGGAGUUGGCUCCGGUAGUUCGCCGGAGGUUGAAUCUUCGAGAGUUAUUCCGAUGUAGUUAAGGCUACGCUGUUCUGCCCACGGUGGGCGCCAAGAACUGAAUUAGGUCGAAAGACGGAACUCGUCGGUGACCUCAUUUUGUGCAUUUUGUGCGAACAACACUUGUAGUUAUUGUUGAAGCGAGUUGACCUAAAGAAUGGAAGAUUCUGAUUUCUCCCAGCGUGUUUCAGCUUCGGUUAUUGGUCGGUUGGGUUUGAUUAUUAUUUCAGUUUAAUAUGUCAUAAUGAGAAUAGUUUCUAGUGAUAUUGCAUGGUCUUUAACGGAAGUUACGUAUGAUCCUGCAAAUUUUGAAAAGUUAAAAAAUGCUAACAAUCUGUAAAUAUUGAACAUGAGCGAUAAUGUACUUAGGAAGGUUAAGCAUUCUGAGACUGCCACGGAUAUGUAAUCGCAGCUUAGAAGCUUUACAUGUCUUCUUCCCUUUUGAAUCAUAUCUAUUUUUUUUUUUGUAAACUAGAAUCAUAUCUAUAUGCAAUUAAUGUUCUACAAAUUCAAAACUUACGAAUCUCGCUAUAUUAAUGUGAAUGUUGAUCGUAGCAGAAGUGAAUAGUUUGAAUAUGAGUGUCUCUGAAAAAUGUGUAUGAGAUUUUUCCCUACUAGCUUUAUUGGGUUUUUCAAAUAGCCCAACUGAAAAUAAAUUUAAAAAAUAACAAAAAUAUUUUUAUAGUUUCACAAUAAUAUUUUAAUUUUGAUCUUUGAAAAAAAAAUAGCAUUUAAGUCAUCAGUUAAGUCAUCAGUUUGACCUAUGUGGUAGUUUUUCUCUUCGUUUUUAAUAAAAUAUUUUAAUUUUUAGUUAAUAAAAAUAAAAUAAUAAAAAAAUAUUAGAUAAGAAAUCAAUUUUUUUUUAUAUAUUUUUUUGUCAUCAACUUAUACAGAUUCAUAUUGACUCUGUAAACCAAAACAUAAAAUCUGCAUCCAUGUGAACGGCGAAAUGAUCGAUCCACUUUUGAGUUUUGCAUCUUUGGUACAUAAAUGAUCUAUUAUCUGAGAAAACUUCCUUUCAAGAUCUUGAUAUAUAUCUUCUACAUAGCUUGCAAAGGCUUGCCAUUCUUCUAGUUCCGAAACCAUCUUCAUCAAUUGAGAACAAUCCGUUGCAAACGUAAUCUGAAACUGUCGUAAGUUUCUCAUACAUUCCAUUGCCCAUAGUGGCGAUUCCAUCUCCGCAUAAAGAGGAGAGAGACUAGCCCUAACAUUUCUCGCCCCCAUCAAUCCAUCAAAACCCGCUAGAGCACUGAACCAAUCUUUUCCAGAAAAAAUAUCAUUCUCUUUCCAAAAACCAUCUAUGAAACACCAUCUUGCUGGUAUUGAGGGUAGGGUCGCUGCCUUUAUAUAUGAUGGUGUCUUCUGUUUGUCCAAUAUCUGUGCAUCAGCCCAAAGUGUAGAAAAAUCAACUUUUUUUUAUCAAAACUGAUAAAUUUGGAAAAUUAGAAAAAGUUAUGAAAAAAUCAGGAAAAUAUGUACAACAUUAAAAAUAAUUCAAGCAAAUAUUCAAAAAUUGAAAAAUUCAAAAAAAUUGAAUUUUCUUAUAAAUUUACCAUUCAACAAAAGCUUUGAAAAUUUACGAAAUCUCGUGUUAUCUUAUUGACGGUGAUAUAUUGAAAUUUGUAACCAUCACCAUUUUUUAAAAAAUUUAGCAACUAUGUGAAGGUGAGGAGGGUUUAUGACAUAUCAAUGGUUUUCAAUAUACACCUUUUUUUUUGUAAACCAUCACUGAUUUGCUAGCUUUUAAAAAAAAAUAUUGAUAUGUCAUGAAAAAGCACCUUCACAAAUUUGCUAAUUUUUUUUAAAAUAUCUACAUGUGACUACUGUUUUAGACAUAUCGGUGAUCGUGACGAAUUUCAAUAAAUCAGUGUCAAUAAGAUAUCUUAAAAAUAGUAAAUAUCAAAGUUUUUGUUUAAUAUUAAACAUUAUAAAUUAUAAGUUUUUGAAAUUUUUGAAAUUUCUAAUAUUUUUAAUUCUCAAAUUUUAAUAUUUCCUUGUUUUUUAUUUUUUUAAUGCAUUUUCCUAUUUUUUUAUCAAUUUGUUUUUUCUAAAUUUCCGAAUUUUAUUAUUUUUUAAAUAUUUAAUUUUUUUAUUUAUAUUAAUUAAAACAAUAAAAAAAUAUUUUUUUCAUAAAAAAAGGGAGAAAAACAGUCACAUCACCUGAUUUUACGUACUACUAAACAAUAUCGUUAAUAAUUUUGAUAUGGCAAACAAGCAAGUUAAUUUCAAUGUUGAAUAUGUUAUUAAAAAUAUUUUCAUUGUUUACAUAAUUUAAAAUGUUAGUUGUUGAGCUAGAAGAUUUAAAAUGUAAACUUUUGCUAACUUGAUGAUUUAGGUUGCGAUUUUCCCUUUGUUCUUUCCCUACAAUAUCAUUUAUGAGAAAAGUUGCAUUCAAAUACCAAACUUACUCAUUUUUUCCGAAACACACAAACUCUUCAUUAAUUUAAAUAUUUUACAUAACUUAAAUUGGUAUCCAAACCCGAACAUAAACCGCAAAGAUCUGAACCAAAACCAAACCUAAAUUUAUAAAUACCGAUAACAGCAAAAACUUUAUGGAAAAUUCCCACAAAUACCACAUUCAUAGUACCACUUUUCAUGUUUACACUAACCACUUUUAUUCUCAUUUUUAAUGAAGGAUAAAAUACACUUAUACCCCUAGGAUUGACUAAUCUAGACUUAUGAUUUAGAGUUGAGGGGUGGGGUAGGGUUUUUAGAAUGUGAAAUUUAUGAUUCUAAUAAAUAUAUUAAUAAAUACUUAAAAAAAUAAUUUAAAAAUAGUUUCAAACAUAAUUUUAGAUUUUCAAAAAAAAAUUUUGAAAAAUUUUUUUUUUGAGAAAAGAAGAUUCAAAAAAAUAAUGAUAAAAAAGGUUCGAAUUUGAAAAAGUAUAAUUCGAAAACAUAAAAAAUAUUAUUAUUUUUAUUUAUGUAAAUAAUGAUAUAUUAUAUAGAACAAGGGUAUAAUAGUCAUUUGUCACGUAAUGAAAAUUGUAUUUUUGAAAGUAUCCCUUUAGUGGUGGUAAAAAGGGAAAUUGCCACAAAUAACACAUUUAUAACACCACUUUUCAUGUUUACACUAACCACUUUUAUCCUCACUUUUAAUGAAUGGUAAAAGACAAUUAUACCUUUAGGGUUAACUAAUCUAAAUUUAGGGUUUAGAGCUGAGGGGAGGGGUGGGGUGGGAUAGGGUUUUUGGAAUGUGAAAUUUAGGAUUCUAAUAAAUAUAUAAAUAAAUACUUAAAAAUAUAUAUAAAAAAUUUUAAAAAUAAUUUUAAACAUAAUUUUCGUUUUUCAAAAAGAAAUUUGAAAAAAAAAUAAAAACAAUUUGAAAAAAAAAUUCAAAAAAAAAGUUAUAAAAAUGUUCGACUUUGAAAAAGUAUAAUUUGAAAACAUAAAAAAAAAUUACUUUUUUUUUUUUUUUUUUAAUUUCUUUUAAUUUUAGUUUUUAAUUUUUUAAUUUUCUUUAUUUUUUUUAUUUUUUUAUUUAAAUAAUGAUUUAUUAUAUAUAUAAUAAUAAGGGCAUAAGAAUCUUUUGCCACUUAAUGAAGAAGGUAUUUUUGAAAAUGUCUCUUUAGUGGUGCUAAAAAUGAAAAGCAAUACCUUGAAAGUGGUAAACAUGUAAUUUCCCCUAAUAAAAAUGAAAAAUGGUAUUAUGAAAGUGAUAAACAUGAAAUUUUUCCAAAAUUUAUAGCCCAAAUUAUACCAAAUCUAAAAUAUAUGAACGAGUCUAAAAUUUUGAUAUCUGAAGAAUCAGAUCUGAAUCGAGCCCAAAAAUAUAUCAGAUACCUAAAAAUACUAAAAACAUAAUUUAUAUAUUUAAAUAUAUUAAUUAUUUUAUAUCUAAUAUCCAUAACAUAUUCAAAAAUACAUGUAAUUAUCCAAAAUACUUGAAAAUAUCAAAAAGUAUCCAAUAUAUAUAUAUAUAUAAGUUGUUAUUAUCUGUCAUUUCAUUUCACUUUGAUGCAAAGUAAAUUUCAGUUGCAGUCUCCAUAAAUCAUUAUAAAUAAUUUUAAAAUGUUUAUAAAUGAUUUAUCAUGUGUUUCUAAAACAUAAAUGGUUAUUACAAGGGAGAAUUUUAUGUUUACCACUUUCAUAGUAUAUUAUUCGUCUUUACUGCCACAAAAAUGACAUUUUCAAAAAUAUCUUCUUCAUUAAGUGGGAAAAGACUCGUAUACACUUUUUUCUUUAUAUAUAUAACAAAUAAUUAUUUAAAAAAUAAAAUUAUUUUUUUGACGUUUUCGAGUUAUACUUUUUCAAAAUUCAAACUUUUUUAUAAUUUUUUUUUUUCGAAUUGUUUUUUUUUUCAAAAUUUCUUUUUGAAAAUCAAAAAUUAUGUUUGAAACUAUUUUUUAAAAUUUUUAAUUUUUUUAAGUAUUUAUUUAUAUAUUUAUUAGAAUCCUAAAUUUCACAUUCCAAAAAUCCCUACCUCACUCCUCAACUCUAAACCCUAAGUCUUGAUUAGUUAACCAUAAAGAUAUAAAUAUCUUUUACCCUUCAUUAAAAGUGAUGGUAAAAGUAGUUAGUGUAAACAUAAAAAGCGGUACUAUAGAUGUGGUAUUUGUGACAAUUUCCUUAAUAGUAAUGCAUUAUAUAUGAAUAUAAUGACAUUCUAAUGACUUUAUAAAUGGUUAUUAUAAGGAAAAUUGGGUGAGAUAACAAAAAAAAGGGAACUUGCAACAAAUACCACAUUCAUAGUACCAGUUUUUAUUUUUACACCAAUCAUUUUUACCUUCAUUUUUAGUGAAGAGUAAAAGACAUUUAUACUCAUAGGUUAACUAAUCCAGACUUACGGUUUAGAGUUGAGACGUGGACUAGGGUUUUUGGAAUGUGAAAUUUAAGAUUCUAAUAAAUAUAUAAAUACAGACUUAAAAUAAUAUAAAAAUAUUUUCAACCAUAAUUUUUCGAUUUUCAAAAAGAAAUUAAAAAAAA